CAAUUCAAAUUUUGGUUCUUUGGUUAUAUUUGGAUACUUUUGGACAUUUUGUUAUUAUUGGCCGAAUACCUUUGGAAUAAUUUCAUAUUUGCUUGGUAAUCGAUUUCUAACAAAAGCAUCCAAUGGAAACUAGAAACAAAAGGCUGAAGGAGCAGAACGAAAUGGAUGGUAAAUAUUCUAAAGCUGUUUGUGGUAUGUCUGAUGUUAAUGAUGAUAAACUUGAUGAUAUUAGUGUUAAUAGUAAGUCUUCAUCUCAGUUUAGUACUUCUAGAUUUAAGUUAGAUAAGGCAUUAAUUAAGAAGAAGAAUUUGGAAAAGAGACUUGAGUUAGAAAAGCAGCUUAAAAUGUUAGAGCUUCAAGAGGAAGUUGAUAUGGCUGAAUUAGAAUGUAAGCUCAUAGAAAACGAUGUAAAACCUCUUGAUGCGUGUCCUAGCAAGAAGCCGGUUGGUGUAACAGAUAAGAUGGCUUUUCUAAGUAUGGAAAAGAAAGAACAGGGUGAAAAGUGUAGGCAUCAAGAUGGAUCCGAAGUGUGUGAUGGUAAAAGCCUCUUAACUGCUCGAACAUCAAGGAACGGUUAUCUGGAUUCGAGCAAACAGAGGUUAGUGAAUAAGAACAAAGACGAAACAGGUUUGACUGUAUGGAAUAAAGCUUAUGUUCGGAACCUUUCACGUAACGUAAAUUAUUUAACAGGACCUAGAGUUGAUCCUAGGACAACAAGUGUAUAUAGUGACACAGCACUUCAUGUUGCUGAGCAAUCAGGAUGUCUGCAGGCUACUAUAUCUAGUUCUAUGGAGCAUCAUGAUAUUGAAGCGGAAGAUAAUAGCUGCUUAGCGCGUCCUGCUGAUGUUUGUUUACGGUCAACGGAUGGACGGUCGUAUACUAGUCGAAGUGGUCAUAUCGACAUUGAUAGUGUUAGUGAAAGUGGUAGCGUAGCUUUGAAGCCUGCAUGCCAACUAUCUCGCAACUCGUCAUUAACUGUGAAUAGUCGGAACAUCAUUGUCGACAACAAUAACGUCAAGGUGGAGGUGAAACCCCAUGUAUCUAUUAAUAGUGUAAUUGAUGUGAAUAAUAAACGAGAUGGUAACGAUAGUGGAAUCAUUAUAGAUAGUGCUGUUUCGUCGGUUGACGCUGCUAAUGUAGCUUCUUUGAGUACUUCGAAUCAAGACGAAAUUGGAUGUUUGAGAGUGGAGAACGUAGGCGUCGGUGGCAAUAGCUUUAGCUAUAGUGAUGGCAGUACUGAGAAUGCUAACAUUCGGUACCCUAGGUGCAAUGAGGAGUCAUCUAGGUUUAAUGGACAUGCUGUUGUUUUGAAUAUGCAGCAUGAGGAAUCAAGCAUGGAAUUGUCCACCUGUCGCACUUCACCAUCAUUGACUCGUACUACAGGUAUCGGGAUGAGCACUACCAACAGUGAUAAGAUAGAAGAGGUUAAGAGCAUUCCUGGUAAUGAAAGUAUUGUUGAUCGAGUAAGGUUGGAUACUGUGUAUGAGUCGACUGGUUAUCAUGAGAAGUGUAUUGCUACUUGUACAGAUGCGACUACCAAUGAUAAUAGCAUUGGUAGUACGGCGGGAAAUAGUGAUCUAUGGAAGUUAAAGGACGCUCAUCGUCGUCGAAAUGAUCGUACGUUACGCUUGCAUACUGCCACCCAAGCUAAGAAGCAUAAGAAACAACAUGAUGCUACUAAUAUUAAGAAGUGUAAACUUCGUUCUCUUUCGGAUGCUAUGACUAGCAAUAGAAGUAGUAGUCAUCAGAACCUUAGUAGUGGCAGUGAUAAUAGAGAGAAUGUUGCAGAAUUUACCGACACUGUAUCUAAUGACAGGUAUUCUAAGAGAUGGAAGCAAGCGAGUUACUUGGCGCAAGUAUUUUGGAAACGUUGGUCUAAGGAGUAUGUUUCACUGCUGCAGCGUAGAUACAAGGGGACACAGUUAGAGAGGAACAUACGAGAAGGUGACUUAGUAAUGAUAUGCUCUGACUUCUCUGAGAAAAACAAGUGGCCCUUAGGUCUAGUACAGAGAGUGAUACCAAGUAAGGACAGACUAGUGAGACAGGUAGAACUAAGGACAAGAAAGGGGAUCCUAGUGAGAGAUAUACGUAAACUGUGUCUUCUUGAAGCGGUAGAUGGUAGGUAGCUACUCGGAUCCCUAGGCGUACUGGUGUAAGUCCUAGGGAUCACGAGAUUGUUGAAAUAUUGCAUGCUUGUUGUUGAUUGCUUGUGAUGCACAUACUUGGAUUGUUGUUAUAUAUUUUUGUCGGUGAAAAGAACCAAGGUUCUUUUGGUCGGGAGUGUUACGGGAGAAACGAAGACAUUUUGCUGAUCAAAACCUUCAUGUAUAAAUAUCAUUAAUUUCACUGUUUUUGGGUACAUUUGUUUUACUUAACUUGUGAACUUGUUUGAAUUAUUAUUUGCGGACAUAUUGGACUCCCGUUUCUCUUUGUUGUUAGUUGCAGUUUUUUGCUCCAAGAGAUAAUAAAUUAGAAGAACGACAUUGGUCGUCUAUUUGUAAUAAAUUAUUUUGGUGGAAUUUGUGAUUUGGAAUAAACUUUGGUAUCUACUUUGGAGUUUCGUUCUUGGUAUAGAAAUUUGGGACCUUGAAUUACCAAUAGACGACAACAGUGCUUC